CUUUCUCUGCUCGCUUUUCAGAGUGGGGCGUGGCCAUGCCGCCAAAAAAAAUGACCGCCACCCCCACCGCCAAAGCCAAGUCCUGUAGUAAGGCAAAGGCUUCGCCGGUGGCCACAACGAAGAGAGCGAAAUCCAAGGCCACCAAGCACAUUGAAACUGAUGUGAUCGAAGACCCACCGGCAAAGAGACAGCGCCGCAAGAGUUCUAAGGCGAACCCACCGUUACCAGAGGCCACUGAUGAAGAGAAGGCGAUGAACAAGCAGUUCUGGGGUCGAUAUGUGAAAUCGGAGCCUGCUGAGACGCAGGGUGAGCAGCCUCUUCCACUUCCAGCUCCAGCGCUUUCAUCUGACCAGGGUGGAGACGGUGGACUUACAGAAGCUGAUGAGACUAUGUGGCUUACUGGUUUAUCAGAUGCACUUCAGUCAGAUGAAGGUCAAAAAGAAUCGAGCGAAUCCGACAAAUUGGAACUCACUUUUCCCAGGGGGGAUGACAUAUCCCUUGCUCGCAUGGUUGAUUUCAUUCGCAUGGUUGAUUUCAUUGCAGAAGGGCACCGCAAUGACAAGAACCCAGACCAGCCUGCUGCCUGGUACACCCAGGAAGUCUUGAAGCAGCUGACUACGCAAGAGAUUACUGUGUUGACAGCACAAGCUCAGGUCCACUCCUUGCUGACUGCCUUUCAUGCCGAUAUCCAUGGGAUAGAUGCUGACGCGGCAGAAAUAGAAGAGAUGGAGGUUGCCUUUGGUGAAGGCGAUCCCUUGGAAGAAUUGGAGGAGUUCAUUUUGUUCUUACUCCGAACUGCACAAGCUGAUCAUGCUCCUGCUGCAGCAGAUCCAGAUACCCUACCUGAAGUACAAGCCAAUGUGAAACAGGAGGUGAAGCAAGAGGUCAAUGUCGAUGACAAGGGUGCGAAUGGGAAGCAGGAGGUAAGUGUCAAAGAUGAAGUCGAGGCCGAGACCGAGACAUCAGCCGAAGCAUUCAUGGAUACCUUCGCGUCUGACCUAUUCAAUCAACUGGAAGCUGCCAUUGGCAAAGAGUCCUUGGCCACUACGUUUGAUUCACUUCCCAGGAGCAUCAGUCUGAUGUCGGCUUGUACCGGCUCCGGGGUUUUUGAGCUUGUGGCCGAGAGCGUUGCGAACUACAUGAACGCAAACUAUGUGUCCAAGAGUGCUCCCAAGUUCCAGGUGCAGACCAAAUUCAUGUGUGAGAUCGUGCAGAACAAGCAGGAGUUUCUGCGUCGGCACAUCAUUGGAUGUCACGCGCAGGAGGAAGCAGAUGAUGUUUGCCUAUACGAGGACAUCACGAAACUCAACGUGGACAAGGAGAGAAAGUGCUUGACACAUCAGACAAACUGUGCUUUGCCUCGGCCAACUUCGCUUUCCGGAAAACGUGGUGAUUCUUCUGAGCUGUCCAUAUUUGCAGCAGGCUUCAGUUGCAAGUCUUGUUCAAAAAUGAACCCGCACUUCAGCGAGUUGAAAUCAGCCUUCGACGACGGAAAGGACUGUUCGUCGACUAGCACGUUCAAAGGUGUAGGCCAUAUAUUGGAGGAAUCUCGGCCCCAUAUCGCGAUACUGGAGAACGUCGACUCUAUUGACACUCCAACUGGUGAGGUGGACGAUGACCAAGAGGCCAGGUCCAAUUUGACCGCGGUGCUGGAAAGUUUGGCGAAGUUGGGCUACCAGUCUCAAGCCGUCCGAAUGAAAGCGUCCAACUACGGACUUCCACAACGGCGUUCCCGGUACUACAUUAUUUGUGUACAGCAAGACGGAUUUGCCGAAGCCUCUUCCUCGUUGGUGAAGAGGAUUUGUGACUACAUUAGCAAGAUGCAGACAUCGAAUAUGGUGAAACUGGCUGACUUGCUUCUGCCGGAUGAUGAUCCUAGUUUGGCCACCGAACUUGCCAGACGCACGAAGGCAACCUCUGGCGGUCGAGGUUCCGGUUCUGGUGGUGCUACUUGGAAGGAGAGCCAUAGCAAGUUGGCCGAGCAAUAUGGGGUACAGUGGCCUUUGGCCCCUUCAAAGGAGUUGUUGGAGUCCAAAUGGUUUCAUGUACUUCCGGACCGUGAAAAGGAGGUGCUAUGCUUUGUCGAGCUUGGCAAUUCCAGGGUGGCUGGUGGGGACCAGAAUCGCCUUGUUGCUUUCGCUGACAUUUCCCAGGGCGUAUCCAGACUUCCUACCUCCACACUUGCCUCCAAUGUGGUACCAACGGUUCUGCCUCAUUCCAAGCUCUUCUGGGUGGAGAAGAAAAGAUUGCUUAUAGGACAAGAGCUUCUUCGAUUGCAAGGCCUCCUCCUCGACGACCUGGAACAUGAAAACACGCACCCGGAGACUCAGUUGUCUGAUCUUGCCGGAAACAUGUUUGCAAUGCCAUGCAUAAUGGCAGCUCUGAUUGCUGUUUUGGCCGGUGCUCGGCUGGAGACGCAAAGUGAAAGUGAGGAAUUGGAUGAAAUCCGCACCCGUUUCAUGUCUUGGCGAAAGCGCCCCUGAUGUAUCACCAUGCCUGUUUUAUGCCUGUGUAAUAUAGGCUCCUGAAGCUAUGAGUCACAAGACCAUGGCACCACUGACAGUACACAGUACACACAAAGCAGUUCGACCAUACAGGAACGGCUUAACUUGGUACUGGAAAGACAACCGUUGGGAAUUGCGCUGAUGGGG